AUGAAGAUGAUAAUAAUAAAAAUUCGAAAGGAAAAUGAACCCUUGGAUGCGCCUAUACUUGCACAUCCCCGGUACUACUGCCUGGAACGCAAAUGCUAUAUCGUUUUAGGUGGUCUAGGUGGUUUUGGUUUAGAAUUAAUUGAUUGGUUGAUUCUACGUGAUGCAAAAAAUCUAGUAGUAACCUCGCGAACUGGAAUAAAAAACGGUUAUCAGCGAUCAAGAGUAACGUUAUGGCAAUCUUACGGUGUAAAUAUACAAAUCGUUACAGCUGUUGAUACUUCGAGAUAUAGAGACUGUGAAUAUAUAUUAAAAUUUGCCGAAGAACAAGGUCCUGUAGAUGCUAUAUUCAAUCUCGCAGUUGUGUUGAAAGAUGAUAUAUUUAAGAAUCAAUCCCCACAAACAUUCGAAGAAACCUUCGUGUCAAAGGCAUGGACAACGAAAAAGAUGGACGAAUUAUCGAGAACUAUUUGCACUCAACUUCGACAUUUUGUCGUUUUCUCUUCCGUUUCAUGCGGAAGAGGUAACGCAGGCCAAACAAAUUACGGAAUGGCAAAUUCCGUAAUGGAAAGAAUUUGUGAAAGAAGAAAAAAAGAAGGUUUACAUGGUUUGGCUAUACAGUGGGGCGCAAUUGGUGAAGUUGGGCUUAUCGCAGAUAUGCGACAAGAUCACAAAGAACUUGUUAUUGGAGGUACAUUGCAACAAAAAAUAUCUUCUUGUUUGGACACAUUAGAAGUAUUUCUGCUACAAGAUCGGUCAAUUGUAAGCAGUAUGGUUGUUGCUGAGAAGAAAAAAUCUAGCCAAGCAAUGAAUCCACUUGAAGCAGUUGCAAAUAUUAUGGGAUUUAAAAAUUUAAACAUAGUGGCGCCAAAUGUAUUAUUGGCUGAACUAGGAAUGGAUUCAAUGAUGGCAGUAGAAAUUAAACAAACCUUAGAGAGAGAAUUUGAUAUUUUAUUGACAGAACAAGAUAUUCGAAACCUCAAUUUUGCUGCGCUUAGAAAAAUGAUAAAUGCAACCGAGCAAGGAAAGACGUAUGAUGUUACUGAAGCUGCUACAAAUAUUUUAGACAGUUUUGAAAUGUUUACACAAAAACUUAAGGAUUCUGACUUAAAUCCAAAUAUUUAUGUAGAACUUGAUACAAAAAGGGAAGUUACUGGAAACAUAAUAUUUUUUAUACCAGGAGUCGACGGAUCUGCAAGCGUAUAUAAACUGAUGGAAUCGAAAAUUAAAUCUAUGGCAAUGUGUUUGCAACGAUGCAAUAUGCCGGAUGUUACUCGUUCAGUAAUGAAAUCAGCUGCAUAUCUUCUGCUUUAUGUAAUGGAGAAAAUGAAAGAUCAAAAAGAAUUUUUAAUAGUGGGUUAUUCAUUUGGAUCCUUAAUUGCUAUCGAAUUAGCAAGAUUAUUAGAAGCUAAGAAUUUCAUUGGACGGUUAAUACUUAUAGAUGGAGCACCUGAUUGGAUAAAAUUUUUGAAUAAAAAAUAUUUUAAUCAUACUUCGCAACAAGAAUUGCAAAAUGAUAUUUUACUUUAUCUUCUAAAACUAUAUCUCGAAUCUGACAAUGAAAUGAUUGCAUUAGACCUGAAAGAGUGCAGUACAUGGGAGGAAAAAUUAGAACUAAUUACUGCUCGCUUCUCGGAGAAGAUUAAUAUAUUAAGUGUUGAAAAUCAAAAACUCUUAUGUACAACGGUUUACGAUCAUAUAAUUGCUGCACAAGAUUAUGAUAUAUCUUUAUUGUCACGCAUAAAAUCAUCUGUAAUAUUAUUAAAACCUACACUUACACCUUUCACUUUUCCUGAAGAGGAUUAUGGUUUACAUAAGAUUACUGAAAGUGCAGUGCAAAUUCAUUACAUAGAAGGUUCUCAUAUCACAAUGAUGGACAAAAUAGCAUCAUUUAUUAACGAAGCAUUCUAAAAUAAAUAGCUCUGUGGAUGCUUCGCCGAACAAAUAUCGAUUAAUUGGAGGCAGUGCGCGCUCCGUUUUAUGUAUGUGAUCUUUUCAUUAUAUGUGUAAUUAUUUUGGUUGCCAUAGCGAAGCACGCUAGCAAACCGCUCCUCCCAUUGCUUCGCCGCGGACCGAGUAUCAGUUGACAGUGGGAAGCAUCUUCGCGCCGCAAGCUUUUCGCGGCAUUUCGUUGGCUGAUCUUUUAAAAUUAAUAUUUUCUUAAAUAUUGAAAAAAUCACAAAAUGAUACAGGACUUUUCUAUUCAGA